AUGCCAACAGAGAAUCAUGAUGGAAUUAUCGAAUAUGGGGUCCAUGGAGGAAUUCAUCCCGUUUCUCCAGCUUUCACAGAUGCUUUUCAUAAUUAUACAAUUGACUGGCAACCAGAAUUCAUAAAGUGGUCAAUUGAUGGUAAAGUUGUUCGAACGUUGAAAAAAUCUGAUACAUUCAAAGAUGGUCGAUUCAGAUUGUUGCGAUU